UCAACUAAACUGGCUCGGGGGCUGUGGAGUGGCUGGCUGGCCCUGACCUUGUGGGGCGGGGCCCAGCUCCGAGGAGGAGUCUGCAACGCCUGGCCGGGAGCGGCGCGGCUCGCCGCUCGGUUCUGUCGUCCCCGCCGUCAGCCAAGAUGGCGCUGGCCGCCGCGAGUCGUGUUCUGCUGCGGGCGGGGUCCCGCCUCGGGCGCAGGGAGGCCGUGGACGGCGCGCGGCGCUUCGCCAACCAGCGGGUGCAGGUGGACGCGGAGGGCGCGGCGGGGAUUGCAGUGAUGAAAUUCAAGAAUCCUCCAGUGAAUUCCCUCAGCUUGGAGUUUCUGACAGAGUUUGUCAUCAGCCUGGAGAAGCUGGAAAAUGACAAGUCCUUUCGUGGUGUUAUCCUCACUUCGGACCGCCCAGGUGUCUUCUCGGCUGGCCUGGACCUGAUGGAGAUGUAUGGCCAGAACCCAGCCCACUACGCUGAGUACUGGAAGGCUGUGCAGGAGCUGUGGCUGAGGCUCUACUUAUCCAAGCUGAUCUUAGUGUCUGCCAUCAAUGGGGCCUCUCCAGCUGGAGGCUGCCUCAUGGCCCUUACUUGUGACUACAGGAUUAUGGCUGACAACCCCAAGUACACCAUAGGAUUGAAUGAGAGCCUGCUGGGCAUUGUUGCCCCCUUCUGGUUAAAAGACAACUUCGUGAACACCAUCGGGCACCGAGCAGCAGAGCGUGCCCUUCAGCUGGGGUUGCUCUUCCCCCCGGCAGAGGCGCUCAGGCUGGGUGUGGUGGACGAGGUGGUGCCCGAGGACCAGCUACACAGCCAGGCUCACUCAGUGAUGGCUCAGUGGUUGGCCAUUCCAGACCAUUCUCGGCAGCUAACCAAGAGCAUGAUGCGAAAGGCCACGGCAGACAACCUGAUCAGGCAGCGAGAGGCUGACAUCCAGAAUUUCGUCAGCUUCAUCUCCCGAGAAUCCAUCCAGAAGUCCCUGCACACCUACUUGGAAAAGCUCAAGCAAAAGAAGAGCUAAAACAAGGCAAACAUGCAGUUUUUAGUUACACAUGCUUUCUGGUCCAAGGGUUAUAAAACAAGGUAUUUUUCAACUUAAAAA